AUGUUGUACCAUGUUGGUGCCUUGGUUGAUGCUCAAUUCCAACCAAACUUCCAACAGGUUUGCGACAGUAAGACAUCAAAUUUAGCCAUACCAAGAAGUGAGUUUAAAAGGUACAUAAUCAUUUCCAACACAAUGGAAGUAGACAGACCCAGUUUAAUCAUGGCCAUGAAACAAAUUCUUCACAUUCCAAUGUGCAGCAGACUAUGA